CCUAUAAAGAUGAAGAAAGAGGCGAACGCCCCAUUUAAAUCCCACCCUGAGCCAAAAAAACCUCGAACACACUGUCCUUUUGCAGGAACCGAGUUUUCUGUGAGCGUGCACUCACUGGAUAGUGGAUUUAAGGGCAGCAGUAAGAGAGAUUGGGGUCGCCAGGAGCAGACAGGAGUUCAUACAAAGAUCUCACACUUGCUAACAGCAGGUAGGCUGUGUGUGGAAACGGAUUAGAUCAAGCCAGAUCAAACCAGAUCAGAUGAGCCAUGGUUUUGCAGAAGCUUCUGAGUUUUGGCAAGCAGCUACUGCGGGUGAAAGUGGUGGACUGCAGUUUGGAAGACUCUCGUCUCUCACGAUGUCUUAACACAUUCGACCUAGUGGCUCUGGGAGUGGGUAGUACUCUUGGAGCUGGAGUGUACGUCCUUGCGGGGGCAGUGGCACGAGAAAAUGCCGGGCCUGCCAUCGUGCUGUCCUUCCUCAUCGCUGCCAUGGCAUCAGUGCUGGCUGGCCUGUGUUACGCUGAGUUCGGGGCACGGGUACCGAAGACAGGCUCUGCUUAUCUGUACAGCUAUGUGACAGUAGGAGAGCUCUGGGCCUUCAUUACUGGGUGGAAUUUGAUCCUUUCUUAUAUCAUAGGCACAGCCAGUGUAGCUCGUGCCUGGAGCGCUACAUUCGAUGAGCUAAUCGGCAAACAAAUUGAGCACUUUUGUCAUCAGUACAUGAGCAUGAAGGUCCCAGGUGUGUUGGCUGAUUACCCGGACGUGUUCGCAGUGGCCAUUAUACUGAGUCUCACAGGCUUGCUGGCAUUUGGAGUAAAGGAGUCCGCCAUGGUCACUAAGGUUUUCACCUGCAUCAAUAUCCUGGUUCUGCUGUUCAUGGUGGUAUCAGGCCUGGUUAAGGGCACACUCAAGAACUGGCAACUGAGUCCUGAUGAGCUUCUCAAUGCCACCAACUUCUCAGGAUUCAAUACAACAGAGUCUAAGGAAUUUGCAGAGAGCUUGGGAAUGGGUGGAUUUAUGCCGUUUGGCUUUACCGGAGUCCUCUCUGGAGCUGCAACCUGCUUCUAUGCAUUUGUUGGGUUUGACUGCAUUGCCACAACAGGUGAGGAGGUGAAGAAUCCUCAGAGAGCCAUUCCCAUUGGCAUCGUCUCCUCUCUCCUCAUCUGCUUUGUUGCCUACUUUGGCGUAUCAGCUGCUCUUACUAUGAUGAUGCCGUACUACAUGCUGGACAAGAAAAGCCCAAUUCCUGUGGCCUUUAAAUAUGUAGGCUGGGAGGGAGCCACAUAUGCAGUAGCUGUAGGCUCUCUGUGUGCCCUCUCCACCAGCCUGAUUGGUGCCAUGUUCCCAAUGCCCCGGGUCUUGUGGGCAAUGGCAGAUGACGGACUGAUCUUCAAAUACAUGGCUGAAAUCAACCCCAAAACAAAAACCCCCUUAUCUGCUUCUCUAACAUCUGGCUUUCUGGCAGCUAUCAUGGCUUUCCUGUUUGACCUGAAGGAUCUGGUUGAUCUUAUGUCCAUCGGCACACUCCUGGCUUACACUUUGGUUGCUGCAUGUGUGCUGGUGCUCAGGUAUCAACCAGAUCAGCACGCUCAGGGCUACCAGAUAGCAAGCACAAAUGAGGAGGUGGAGAUGAGAGAAUCUUUUAGUACUACGAGUAUGGGCAUUCUGCCUGGCUUCGAGGAACGUUUCAGUUUCAAAACACUGCUUUUUCCUAAUAACACCGAGCCAUCUGGCCUUUCUAGUUCUGCCGUCAAUAUCUGUGCAAGCUUGCUUGGUUUCCUGAUCCUGACUUUCUGCAUCGUGGCUGUCCAGGGUGGCAUCGCAAGCUGGAGCGCAGCAACGCUCAGUGUCAUUGCAAUGGUGUGUCUCCUUCUCACCUUCCUUAUCUGGAGGCAGCCAGAAAAUAAAAGCAAGCUCUCUUUUAAGGUGCCUCUGUUACCCUUCCUCCCUGUGGUUAGCAUGUUUGUUAAUGUGUAUCUGAUGAUGCAGCUGGACAGAGGGACCUGGAUACGCUUUGCUGUGUGGAUGUGCAUUGGGUUUGUUAUCUACUUUGGUUAUGGAAUAUGGCACAGCUCUGAAGGUGCCCUGACUCAUUCCAGUCCAGACAAAGAGCCUGAUGUGUGUAAAUCCACCAAUACACAACGGGAUGCCAUGUCCCCUGAAAAAGAGGCGUUUCUCUACACCAGACAGGAGGAUGGUGAAGAUGAAGAGGGUUCGCUCUGAUACUGAGGAUCAAAUGAGCUUCAGCUCUGCCUUCUCUCUAAAAUGCAACACUCAGGGCCGCUGAAGAGCACAAACUAUUAUCAGACCGAGCAUGAGGAGACGAAACUUUGUGGUUGAUUAGAUAACUCACUACCUUAUUAGAGGCUGAAAGCCCUAUUGUUGGAUGGUGAUUUUUGAUCAUUCUAAUUUACAACCCAAAAGAAACAGCUUAAGGACAUUUUGUCUGAAAGCAAAUUAGUAAUUAUUGUUAGGUUCAAUUAUAUACCGAGUGUCCAGUUUUACACGGUGACCAGUGACGGCUGCCUUCGUCGUCUGAUUGCACAUUUACAAUAUUACACGUGUUAAAUCUGAAUCAGAACAAUGCAUACACAUGCAGUACACGUGUUGCAGCAGAAGCAGGGACACUUCCUUGGACUUGUAUUUAACAGUUUAGUCACGAUGAAAUCUUCUCCUUACAUUACUUAGUGAUCAUAUUUCAGGUUUUAGUUUGAGCCUGCACUCUCUUUGUGAAAUGUUACCUACUAGUUCAAGCUGCUCUGAUCCAGAUUUAGUUCACUGGUAUUUAUAGAAAGCACUCGUUUCCUUUUACCGCUACCGCCACCUGGUGGAGGGGUAGUGAACACAAACGAAAAGGUUAUAUAUUGCUUGGCCAAAAAAAAGUCACACAGACCACAAUUUCGUUGCACUGCCUUUACUGCAUGAAUUCAUUCGGCCGCCUUAUGCGAAGAAGCAUUUAUUUCCAUCCAGAUUUGCAUUUGCCUGUGAUCUGGAAUUGUGGACUGGAAAGUUGGAACACUUUAUGGAGGUCUUCUCUACCAUAACCCAAAGACUUUCAAUGGAGAUGAAGUGGUUUCUUACACUCUCUCUAUCGUUCUUUUACAAUUUCAGCCAAUUUUGGCAAACAGUUUCUGUGCCACUUGGAAGAACAAAAAUCCAUGUAUAGGAUCAUUUCAGCACAUUCAGGUUCUUAGCUAACUUUUUAUUGUCAUGUUACCAUUUAUUUAUAUAACGGUGCUGAGCCUAGACCUGACCUUAAGACACUUGUAUAGGUGGCAUUAUGCAUGACAGCAAGAUCUUUUCUGACCACAUUUCUUGGCAUUUCUACUACAUUUUAAUAUUCCUUAUUUUAAACUAAACGACAAAACAUUUUUUAUUUUUUAUAUUUUUUUUUGGCCUGGCAGUGUAUUUCCAGUACUGGGUAAUUGUUUCCAGUUUGCAGACACAUUGACCUCUAAUUUAAAUAGCCAACUCAAAAAUAUUCUGAUUAGAGUUCAAAGGACUGAAACCUUUUUGCUCAGGAUUUGGAUAGUUUCAAACUUUUCCAUUAUUGGUUGUUAAUUGUUGAUUGUAUUACAAUUAUGAUAUAUAAGGAUAUAGCAGACGUAUUCUGUGGUAAACCACUGUGGCACAGAUUAGUUGCUUUACAUAGAUUUCUUAGACUGAAAGAUUAAACAAAGUAUUUGUGAUAAACUUAAUUACAAGUAACUAAAAUCAGUCCUGUAAUAAUGACUCCCCCUGUAAUUAUAUAACCACUAUUACCUGGCAUUAGUCCACAAUGAAAAGGUCACUGAUUCCAUUUGUUACAAUUAACCACAGUAAAAUAAAAAGCAAGACAUAAUUCAGUGGGGUAACGAAUAAACAUAUUGUUACUGACACAAAAUUGUUUAUUCCCCAAUAUCCUAAAGUGUUUUUUUUCCUUUUAAGUCAUAACACUUUCCCAAAAAACUGCAUUCAAAAACUGACACAUUUGAACUUUUUAGAUAUAUUUGAUGAUGUAGACUUUCUGCAAGUUCUAUUAGAUGCAAACCCCCACCAGCUGAGCUGUGAGUUGGUUUCAGGAUUAUAAACCAGAGUUAUUGGAUUAUUUUUCCCCUGAAGAGAACUAAAUUUGUAUUCAUCCUACAACCCAUUGACUGUGUACCUGUUAAAAUAACGUUAUGCUGUUUACACCUCACUGUUCUUAUUUGUUUGCCAUUUUAGAACAGUGUCUUUUUUUUUUUUUUUUUCCUUUUUUUUUUUAACCAUUUCUGGUGUUUUGUUUGUAUACAUGGAACAGUUCAGAUGUGCUGUAGCUCAAAUCACUGUGCCUUGUAUUUGGUCCUGUAAAUAAAAAUAUAAUUGUU